AAUAUCGUUACUUACUUUUUAACCUUUCAAGUUAAUAGAAAUAGCCUUUUACGACUAUUCAUUAAUAAAGAACGUAUUGUUAACUAAAUUCUCUAUUAAAAAUGCCAUCUGUUACAUUAAAAGAUGUAGACCAACACAAAUUUGUCAAAGCAUUCGCUGCUUUUUUAAAAAAGACUGGUAAAAUGCGUGUACCUGAAUGGGUUGAUAUUGUUAAAUCUGCCAGAUUUAAGGAACUGGCUCCUUAUGAUCCAGAUUGGUAUUAUGUUAGAUGUGCAUCUCUUGUACGUCAUAUCUAUAUUCGUAGUCCUAUUGGAGUGGGUGCAGUAACAAAAAUUUUUGGUGGCCGUAAACGUAAUGGAACACACCCGAGUCAUUUCUGUCGGUCAGCUGGAGGUGUUGCACGUAAGGCUCUUCAAAGCCUAGAACAGCUUAAACUUAUUGAAAAAACACCAGUUGGCUCACGUAAAUUAACAAGUCAGGGACGUAGAGAUCUUGAUCGUAUUGCUGCACAAGUUAAAGCAAAAAGCAAAAAACAACUAAAAUUACAAGAAACUCUUGCAUUGUAAAAUGUUAUUUUGAUUAUAA